CACUGUAAUCCCUAACAGUUGUACUAGCUCAUAACUAAUAAGGUCAUAACAGUCAAAUGUCGUUAUGCAGUUGACCACACUAUAAAAUAUUGAGCUCUUUUGAGAUUUAUGCCACUUUACUUGAAUAGGGCUCAAUAUUUUGUAGCUAAUUUCUGUGGAACACUCAAAAAGUUUAUGAACCACACAGUAGUGUCAUGACGUUAUUGACGUCAUGACGUUCCUGUGGGUGGGUCUUAUCUCUCCCUCAGGAAUGUGGAGUCAGCCAUCUUGAAUUUGCCCUGAUGCGGGAAAGUUUUUGCCAGCACGUGUGGAUGGGAACACAGUUUUAAUUUGUUUUAAUUUGUUUGUAAUGUCCAAUUUUAUCCCCCCGCUUCAAAACACAACUACCUCGGUUAUUUUCAUCAGUCUUAUUGCCCUCCUUUUCUUAAGCGCCGUCUUAUCAUCAGCCCUGAUUUGGCACAAGUGUGUGGCUUUGAGAUCAUCUCGAAACAAUUUUAACAGUUCAGAUAUUGGACUAAAACGAGUGCUACAGAGGGUCAUUGUUUCACCAUCAGACAGGUGCCAACAGGCUGAAGUUGGCCUAAUGGAGUGGAAGUGCAAGUUGUGUUCUGCAACUUCAAAUACCCGGGGAAAAUUAUUUUGGCACUAUACUGUACUUCAUUGCCAAUAUUCAAGAGUGUCCCCCCUGCCAUGUCUCUAUGACAGUUGCAUUUGUACUUUUCCAUCUUUUGAAGCGAUGAAAGCUCACCUGUCAAGAUGUCAUAAUGAUUCAUGUAGAGUAGAUUCAAUCGAAGGAGCAUGCAGUUUUUUUACAUGUCCUUUGUGUAACGUAAAACAGCCCUUUUCUGAGGAAAUUCUUUUUGGUCAUUUAAGAAGACAUUUACGAAGUCAUGAGAUGGUAGCAUGCCCAUUUAAGAACUGCAACUACAAAACAAAUAGCUACUCAGCGUUUAAUGCACAUAAAAGUAGAAGACAUGGUGGUGAUUCUGACUUUGGUGAAUUUGUUGUAUUGGCAGACAAUGAUAGUGCCCCAGUUGUAGCUGCAGCAGAAAGUCUUGAAGAACCUGCUGAAAGUCACAGUGCAGGGUCUGCAGACACAUUUGAUCUUGACGAUGUAAACAGUCAGUGUGACACAGACACUUUAAGAGCCCAGUUGAACCAAAACUUGGCAUCAUUAUUCUUAAAGAUGCAUUCUAUUCUUCAUGUAUCUGACAUGGCAUCUCAGGAAAUAGUGGAACAUUUGACUCAAUUAUUUUCCUUGUCCCAACCGAUACUCAAACAUGACAUAAGUGAGGUCUUUCAGAGUCAUGGCAUCACUGUCAGUGAAACCAUUCUAAAUGAGGUUGUCAGUACUGUUAUGGACAGUAAUGUUAUUGUCAGUGCCACAGCAAAGGGGAAGCAGUUAUCCUCAACCAAGAGAAGGAAAACCUUCAUUAAAAAUAAUUACCCUGUGGUAAAGCCUGUACAGUAUCAGCUACAGCCAGGACACACAGCAGUGCAUGUUCCCAUUCUUGAGAUGAUACAAAAAAUCUUCAGUCAUACAGAUAUUCUGGACAAAAUUAAAGAAACAAAGGUGGCACAAAACAGUCAUUAUGUAAGCCACCAAGAUGGUUUGUACUUCAAAGAGAACACAUUCUUGUCUUCAGAUCAGUUAAAGAUAACACUUAUUUUGUACAUUGAUGAUUUGGAAAUAGCCAAUCCACUUGGCACAUCACGCAAAAUACACAAAAUCUGUUCAGUUUACCGGACGUUUGCUGAUCUUCCAAGUAAAUACCGAUCGGCCCUGCAUGUAAUUCAGCUUGCCGCUUUAUGUAAAGUGGCUGACAUACAGACAUUUGGCUAUGAAAAGGCACUUGGUCCUUUGUUGAGAGACCUCUGUACCCUUGAACAAGAUGGGGUAUUCAUUGAGUCUAUUGGUAAGGUAGUUCAAGGAACUGUCAUGUGUGUAGUGUCCGACAAUCUUGCAGGUCAUGAUUUGGCAGGCUUUUCAAAGUCUUUUAGAGCAGAAUAUUUUUGCAGAUUCUGCACAGCAACACAAGCUAAACUUCAGACUCAUGAAGUUGCAAGUGGUGAAUUCAGUAUUAGGACAAAAGACAGUCAUAAUAGUGAUGUGUAUGCAGUAAUGCAUGGGGAUAGUCCGAGUCAGAAUGGUGUUCAGGCAGAUUGUGUCCUGAGCCAGCAUCUAGAGCAUUUUCACACCGUAACUGGCUUUCCACCUGAUGCCCUCCACGAUCUUUUUGAGGGCAUUGUGCCCGUGGAGCUUGCCCUGUGUAUCGGAGAGAUGAUCCGUCGCAAAUACUUCACCCUUGAAUAUUUGAACGAGAGAGUUCUAUCGUUUCCAUACCAGCACACAGACAAGGUUGACAAACCUCAUAAAAUACCACAGACCUUUGCUGUAAAGAAAAGCAUUGGUGGUAAUGGCCAUGAAAAUGCCACAUUUCUAAGACUGCUCCCUUUGAUUAUUGGGAAUGCAGUUCCUGAAGAGGAUGGGGCCUGGACUGUGCUUAUGGACUUAAAAGAGGUAGUAGAGUUAUCGCUGUGCUCAGAAUUCCCAGAGGAGUCCAUCCAAUAUUUGCAGUCUAAGAUACAGGAUCAUAGAGAGAUGCUGAAAGAAGCCUUUCCAGAUUUUAAACUCCGUCCUAAGCAUCACUACAUUGAACACUACCCUGACCUUGUACGCCGUUUUGGGCCACUUGUACACUUGUGGACAAUGAGGUUUGAGGGUAAACACCGUUUUUUCAAGAGAGUUGUACACGACACACAAAACUUCAAAAAUGUGUUAAAAACACUUGCAGACAGGCAUCAAUACAUGGUAGCAUACCAUCUCAGUGCCUCAGGAUUCUUCAAACCUCACCAGCAGACAUCAAAUGUCUCUUCUGUACUGGUAUCAAUGCUUCCAAAUGUUGCCAAGACAUACAUUGAACAAAUAACAGCAAGCAAUGUUAUUUACAGCACGUCAAAGGUCUGCAUUGAUGGAACCGAUUAUGUUGUAGGAAUGUUUUUGUCUGUGGGAAAAGAGGGGGGACUGCCUAAUUUCUGUAGAAUUGAACAGGUUCUCCUGGUUAACAGUAGUGUUGUCUUUCUUUGUCAAGAGCACAAAUCACACUACAUUGAACACCUGAGAUCUUACGAACUUUUCCCAAACAAUCUGGCUGUUCACACCCUAUCAGAGCUAAAUGACAAGACGCCUCUCUGCGCUUACAACAUAGAUGGUAGAUUGCUCUUGACACCCAAACGUUUCAUCUUAUUAAACUGAAGAUUUGUUGCAGCAGGUAAACAGAUGAACUAGGACUGCACGAUAAAUUGCACGUGAUUGUCACUCGCAUCUCAUCAGUAGAGUCGGUUCCUUGUUUAGUAAUAAAUCGCUAUCAGCUACUUGUGUAGCAUUUACUACACCGAGCCAUAGUUUACUUACAAGUGGGGAGAUAUCGCAUUCAUAAUGGCAGGCGAUUCAUCCGUGAUUAUGAAUGCGAUAUUUGCCAGCUUGUCAGUGAACUACGGCUCUGUGUAGUAAAUGCCGCUUCAUCUUAAAGCAGCUGAUGGCGAUAUACUACUAAUCAAGGAACCAGCUUUACUGAUGAGAUGCGCGUGACGAUCGCGUGAAAUUUAUCGUGCAGCCCUAAGAUGAACACAUUCACACUCGUAACACAAUAUCUCUUGAAGUUGUGCGGACCAAUGGGUCCAUGAAUAAACUGCCGCACUACAACAGCUGGCCUUCCAUACAUCCCAUCUUUCAAGUGGUGUUCCAGUGUUUGUGUGGACCAGUGGGUAUGUGGAUGUGUAUAUAUAGUAUGUGUCACCUCCAAUUUUAAUGAAAAUUAACAAGUUUUUGUCUUUUAGAAACUAAAAGAUGAC